CAAGCUACAGACCUCGAGAUCUUAAGCAAACGCACUGUCAGUCCGGCUACCCGAAGUGUAGGGUACACACACACACACACACACAUAUAUAUAUAUACAUACCCGAAAUUCUCGUUUGCUUUAACUAAGAAGUAGCUGAAGCGCGACAAGUCGCCAUGUGUAUUCGUUUGAGACACACACACACAUAUAUAUAUAGCGUUGAUGUCUUUCACUGUGGAUUCUACGCUUCAAAGACGAAACCAAUAACAGUUUGUGAUGAAUAAGUUAUAAGAUAUUUCCAGUACCUGUGCCGUUACCGGAAUGUGCUGGGUGAAAUGUUCUGAAAUGGUAACUGACAUGAUAAUGUACACUUCCGGUUGUAAACUGAAAUACUUUUGAAGCUUUUUGAAAUGAUAAUGAACUGGGUGUGCUGCUAUAGGGAUGUACGGUGCGAUUAUAUAUAUAGAUGUGACAACCUGCAGAAAACCAACUAUAUAAGAGGAUGUUUUUUUCUGAAGCCACUUUUUUCUUACUGCUAACAUCUAUGGCUCAUUGACAAGUAUGGAUGUGAUAUUUUAACUUGAUGUAAACUCGCUAUAUUACAAAUAUUAUAAUAAUGACAUCGAUAGCGGUUCGUCACAAUCCUUGGUCGACGUUGUCGGCAAGCAGAUGUUCUAGCGUGUGUGAAGAGAAUAUAGAUGAUGUUGACGAUUUCGACGAGAUAUUCGACUUAUCUGAAUCAUUGGGAGUUGAUCUGGGAGGUCUGGACGAGAUCGAUGAAAUGAAAGAGAGACUACAAAUGCAUUUAAGAAAGAAUGAAAAUGGAGAUAUCAAAACAAUUAUCACAGACUUCAUGGUUGAUACACACAAAGAUGACAGUCAAAAGAGGGAGAAACUUCGACAAGUCCUGGGUGACUGCCGUCGUACUCUUGCUACAUUCGAGCGUCCGGAACGGCCGGGCGGACAUGGCAAGCGUGGCAGUCAGGCCAUCGAGGAUCUUUUAAAGGUAGAGGGUGCUGCUAAAGGGUUUGAAAUUGACUUCAUAGACCAGAUCAAGUCGAUAGAACGAGGAGAAUGCGUCAUUGUGGUAUCAGGUGAAACAUCAGCCGGAAAAUCAAGUGUACUAAACCUAUUAUUAGAGAAGGACGUACUUCCGGUUCACCACAAUAGCUGUACUUCCGUUAUAACAAGAAUAUCAUAUGGGAAAAAGUACCAGUCUUCCGUUUUCAUGAAUUCUGGAGAAGUGAAAACGUUCGAUGACCCAGAUCGCAUCAAAGAGGAUUUGUGGGAAAUGAUAUACGUUGAAGACGCGGCAGGGCGUGACAUGGUUUCUGACAUUAAGGAAGUCAAUAUGGAAAUACCUGCAGCUAUCCUAAAGUGUGGUGUGGUAUUUGUUGACUCGCCUGGAAUAGGCGAAAACGAGGCCAUGGACAGCGUAAUUGCUGAUUACGUCGAGGAGAACGAAAUAAUGGGAUUCAUGUAUGUCAUCAAGUCCGAUAACUCUGGAGGUGUCGAAGAGGACAGACUGAUCAGCCUUGUUAAGCUUAUAUUAGAAAAACAGAACAAGAAGACGAAAGAGGGGAUGAUGCCUUUCAACCCACAGAGCGCCGUCUUUGUUUGUAAUCGGUGGGAUUUGGUUAGAAGAGAUGAAUGCGGACUCGUGUACAACAAUGCAGUCUCGUUAUUGCGAGAAUGUUGGCCAGGUCUUGAGGAGGAACAGAUUCUACGAUUCUCGACAUUUCGGGCGGAUAUGGAGCAGAAACUAGACAAAGGAUACGUUACCAAUGAGUACAAAGCACUAUUGGAGAACAUCCGGAACAUCUAUGCAAAGGCUGUACACAGACGGAUAGAGUCAACCUACAGGUGGAUCGAGAGGGUUCUUGCCCGCAGUGUCCACCACUUGAAGACAAUGGUCAAGAGCUUAGACUCAAACGAAAAGUCCAUGGAGGACAAGAUGGCUCAUACUUACGAAAAGUUAAAACAUCUUAAACAAAACUCCAGUGCUGUACUCGCCGAACUAAACAUAAAAGUUCAAGAGAAAUAUAGCAUACUUUGUGAUGAGUUCCGAGCUGAAUUUAAAAAACAUGGAACACGGGUUGCGUUGACGCAAUGGAUAGAAGACGAGACUCCAGAAGUCAAAGUGGGUCAAACAUGGGAUGACAUUAAGGAGGCGAUUGACAUUGGGAUUUCCAAAAGGAUCAGUGAUCAAAUGAUUCGAUGGGAAAAAGAGACAGGGUAUUUUCAAUCCAUAGAAGAUAUGGUUGUCAAUGACAUAAAACUCCAACUACGGUUUCUCGAGAACGAGAUUGAAAAUCUUGAAAACGAAAUCCAAGACAACGAACCGACAACAACGGAAAUAAUGUACACUGGAAAUAGGCGACUGACAUUGGGGAAUACCCAACAAAGUGUCAAGAUCACUAUGGACAAUAAGACACAAGAUAUCCAAAUGCCCGCGAGGCUUGCAUCAAGAAUGACCCCUCCGGUCUCAUCUUUCAUGACGAAGGUAAGGAACUCUGUGCUUUGGGAUCCGUCUGAGAAAAAGGUACAACUUUACAGGGAGGAUCCUUGUAAGGUAGUGAAAUAUCGAACCGAGAAGUUGCUCAGUCUCCUGCUCAAACAUAGCAAGAACGAUGACGUACUGUUCAAGUACAUCAGUAGCUGGAUGAGUCGACCUGUCUUGUAUUUAGAUCUGAUCAAGAAAAACAUCCCUGCACUUAUUGAAGCAAAUGAACAGCUUUUGGAUCACGUGGCAACGUGUCGCGUUGAUGCUAAGGAAUCACGUGCUUUGUACGAGGAAAUGAUGGAAGGGCUUGAGAAUUUGAAAGUCCAUCUUACACAGUACGGCCAAGGACAUAUAUUUGUGGACGAUUUCGUGAAUGACCAAAUACAUGUUCAUGACGACAUCGGGCUCGGCACAACGACCACAUUGAAGAUUUCCGACAUGAUACUGAAUAGUUCCACCUAUCGUGAAGUGAACAGGCGAUCGCUUCCGCGAGGACUUUGGACAGCUCUGCAGAGUGCCUUCUUGAAGAGGGACGGGCAUGACAAUUCAGUUACUAUCAAAAUCUACCUACAGUCAGCUGGCAUAGACCAGACGUUUCCAGAGGUUUCUAAACUCAGAUUUUUAGACCACGGGUCUAUUGCGAAGUUUUUGGGGAUUCAUCACUCCGACUCUCCCGCGCCUGCCUUUGUGUAUGACAAUCAUCUCAAAUCUGUGAAGCGUUAUCUGAGGUCUACUCUAGCUAACGUCAAACACGAGACGGAAAGGAUAGUCCACCAGACAGCUUCCGGUCUGGAAUAUCUGCACCGGAAAAACCUAGUACACAUGGAACUCAACACUCAAACCAUAACGGUUGAUCCCGAUGGUAUGGUAAAAUUAACUGGCGGUUGCCUACCACGCCGUGCAUCAUUUCCGCUUGACAAGGAAAAAGUCGAAGUAGGCGAUUUCGUGUAUCUGUCACCCUCGGUACUGAAAGGAGAACUCUACAUUUCUGUGUCAGAUGUGUACUCUUUCGGACUCUUUCUGUUGGAGGUUGUCGUAGGAGUAACAGCAUAUGAAGAGUUCCGAAAGUAUCCUCUGGACCGAUUCACAGACAAGGUCGAACCGGCCGUAAUGUUAAAUCUGGACAAUGCCUUAGCAAAGCUGACGGAAACAACAAGGGGUGUUAUCCGUCGGUGUGUGGCGUCUUCAAAGGAUGACCGUCCUAAUAUUUCUGACAUCGUUAGUCUGGUUUCUGCUUUAGGGGAUGAUGUGAAAGUUGUCUCUACCAAGUCAAGACGACACCGGCUACCUGUUGUAAACAGGCACAAGCGAGGUUCAGUAGACACGACCAUGUCCUGACGCGGUGGUGUGCAGGUUCCAAUGUCUUCCAUUGUAUAAAGCGUGUCUGAUAAACGGUGUCUAGAUGAACUGUUCACAUUAACAUGACACGCUUUAUCCAUCUGCUUUAUUUUUGAGAGUUGAAUUUUUUUAUUUUAUGUGUAUGUAUGUGUGUGUUUGUUGUUUUGUUUUUUGUUUUGUUUUGUUUUUUUAUGAAGGUCACUUCAACAGGGAGUGUUCAUGGAAUUAAAUAAAAUCACAUACAUGUAUUUGUAAUUGACAUUCGCUCAUAGUACCCAAGCAGACGAUGUUGAAGAUCGUUCUAAUUGUUGGUCUGUCAAAUAUAAGCGCUUUUUUGCAUACCAUGUUGUAUAUUGCUCAAGGUUGAAGUAAAUUGCUUUUCUUUGCACAAUUUUUCAAUAUACCUUAAACCAUUUGGUAUUCUAUGCAUUAUUUUGAAGCUCUGAUUCGUGUUUAUAAUGUAUUCAUUUGUACUUAUUGUGUACAUAUAACUGCAGUACAACAAUAGUUAGGUCGGGUCUACAUAGGCUUAUCGUCCGUUGCUGUUUUGUCGACAUUCUUGUGAAGCAAUCAUCAUAUCCAGCGCUAUAUUUGUAAAUAGUUAUAUACUAUAAUUAUGAUAUAUAUGCUUUGUUAUUCAAAAAAGUGAGACAAUACCUUAGUCAGAAAAAUAGAAUCAUCACACUUUUACUAUUCAAAUCAAAUUUCUUGUUUUCUGAACUUAUAAUCAAGUAUCAAUUAUCAAAUAACCUUUCGUGAACAUUCUUGUCAGUAAUAUACAAUAUAAUAUGACUUAAUUAUAAUUGAAUGUAAGAAUGUUUCUCCAUAUUUAACAAUACCUAGUCUAAACAAUUACCCUCUUCACUAGUCAUAGAUAAUGUUACUUUUUAAAUUGGUAAAAACUAGGGUUUUUUCAUAAAAAAUAGGUAAACUUGUGCCUGUUAUGUUUAAAAAUCAAUCUAGAUCUAUUUCGUGCAAAAUGUUUAAACUCGCCUUCGCUUUAACAUUUGAUGUGCGUUGUGAAAUAAUAUGCUCCUUUAUAUCUUUUAUCAAUAGAACGGUUUUUAGUCCGUUUCAAACAAAAGCAUACAGCAGUAAUAGUGGGUUGUUUUAUAAUUAGAGGAUGUGUUUUGUGUAACUUUACGCCUUGAAUGAGAUUUGAAAGAGAUUUUAAGUUACCCAUUGGACACAUUUACAUACGGAAUUAUUUUCAAUCACGUUAUAACCUACUGGGAGGACUAAUCAUCAAUGAAGUUGCUCAAAUUUGAAGUGAUAUUAUUUAAGCAGUAAGAAUUCACCACGACCAUUCAGUAGUAAAUUAACAUAACAUGUAUACUGUAUCAGAGGCAAAGAUAUAUAAAAUCAUAGUGUUCGUCAUGCAUUCUAUAUCUGCAUUUACCGACGCAAUCAAUUUGACACGUACAUAAAUGUAUAUUUAAGUUUAAAUAAAACUUCGAAAGUGAA